AAACCCGAUGCCCUGCUCAGCUGCCAGAGAGUGAGCAUUGGCAGCUCUGGGAUCCGGGGGGACCAUGGAGAUCUUCAGCAUUCAGCAGUUGGUAAGUGAUGAGCGGCCGGAGGGGAAAGUACGAGGUUUUGAAAUUUUGGGGAGAGGCGCAGCUGGGGAGCCUGGAAGCUGGCAUUCGGGCCCAUCUGGCGUAUGGGAAGCCGUCAGUAAAGAGAAGCAGAAGGCAGAGGAUGAGAAGAGGAAAAAGCUUGAGACCCUCAACAAUUCCAGGCUGAAGAUAGACAGCCUGCAAGACUUAGAGGCUAUUAUUAAACUUCGCAAGAAUAGGAAGAAAGUGAAAAAAGUGGUCCACCCCAAGAAGCAAGAGCCAGAAGUGAUUACAGAACCUGUAGGUCCAGGCCAGUUUCUUGAAGCGGCGCUGGAAAACAGAGUUCCUGUGAUCGACAAAUAUCUGGCAGAUGGAGGGGAUCCCAAUGCUCAUGACAAGUUCAGAUGUACGGCCCUCCAUCGGGCCUGUCUGCGCGGCCAUGCGGAGAUUGUGGACAAACUUCUGGAAGCUGGAGCCAAACUGGAGCCGAGAGACAUGCUGGAGGCCACCCCCGUUUUCUGGGCCUGCCGAGGAGGCCAUUUGGAAAUCCUCAAGCGCCUGAUCAGCCGGGGAGCCAAGAUCACCACGCGGGACAAGUUGUGGAGCACUCCUUUGCAUGUGGCUGUCCGGACGGGGCAUUGUGACUGUGCCGAGCAUCUCAUUGCCUGUGGGGCAAACAUCAAUGCGCAAGACAAGGAAGGAGAUACGCCAAUUCACGACGCAGUCCGGAUGGGCCGCUUCAAGGCUGUGAAGACGCUGCUGAUGUACGGGGCCAACCUUGGCAUCCAGAAUGAGGAGGCAGUGACACCGGUGGAUCUGGUGAAGGAUUGGCAGACAGGCAUUCGAGAGGCACUGCAAGCAUGUGCUGACCGCCAGCGAGUCCCCACCAGGAACUGAUGAGAGUGGGGGGCUGUGGGGGGCUUGCUCCUGGAGUAAGUGCUGCCCCUCUUUCCUUCGCCAGUUUGUGACCAACUUACUAUCACUGUCCCUCUUCUUGCACAUAGGCUGUGGGCACAUCUGCCCUCCCUUUGGUGCCAGGGAAGUCUACUGUACUUCUUUGCACCUUUGAGCUGAGAAAAGAGGGGGACAGAGACCUUUGGGCCACCCUUUUUGUUGCCAAGGAAAUAGAGGGAGGCUUUCCUGCAUUUUGGGAUGAGCCCAGUGGGCAGUGCUGGGCACCCCUGGGCUCUCCUGAGUGCCAUUUCCAGGAACAUCUAUGUUCCCUCCCUUGGGGCAACUUCCAGAGGUGAACCAUGCAGGGAAAAUGAUGGUUCAAGUGAGAGGACACUUGCAACCUAGCCGUGGCUCAAGAGAGAAACCUGUGCAGUAAGAAGAGGGUUAAGAGUUGGACCCUUUAUCAAAGGGAGCGGAAGCCAUGUUCUCCUAUGCAGUGGGAUGGAUGUGCAGUUUUAGGAACUUCCAAAGCAAUCUCAAGAAGGGAUUAAAGAAAUUCCUUGGGAGAUUUUUAAAAGGGGGAUGGAUAGAACUGCUUCCCCUAACCACAACUUGGAUAGGACAGGCUAGCUUUCAGUGGGGUCAGGACAGCUGAAUCCUUUUGGGGUCUGCAAAGGAUAGGAGUCCUACGUCUUGGAGGAAUGUAGGCUGGUGUCUGCCUUGGCUUUUCCCAGAUACCACCGCCUCCUUGAAGGCCUCUUUGUUCUCCCUUUCUAAAGACAGGAGCUUCUGACGGUAGUCCUCCCUGGUUUGUUGGUUGAGGACUGGGAGAUGCUCCUAGUGGAUGGGAUGCAGGCCUGGGAGGUGGAUUAGGAUGAUCUGAACUGUUGCAGGUCUCUCACUGAGCCUCUCUGGGAGCUCCCAGCUUUGUAUGUGUGCAAAGAAACAAGAAUCCUCUCUUGAUACCUUCAUUUCCCCUGCAAAGAGGCAUGCAAUAAGCAGAUCUGCCAUUUCUGGCCAAUGCAGCAAUGUGCAAAUGCCAUACCUCCUCUGCUUUCAGCCCUCUGGGUGCCAGCAGCUUCUUCCUCUUUGCCAUUCCUGGCCACGGCUGUGGUUCCAUGUGUCCCCAGGCAUGUAAAUCUCUCAUUCCUUGCGCACUGACCUUGGCGCUGCUGGUCAGGCUGAGGUCCCCAACAGGCAUGCGAUCCCCAAAGAUGGAUUCCUUUGAUGCAGAACAGGUCCUGAUGUUGCUGGCCGCACAAAAGUUGUAUGCCACUGGCUGGCCAGUUGACCUUUGCAUCGUCUUGCUACCUAACAUGUUUCUGGGAUGUGCAGAGCAGCUCCCUGACUAUGAAACUACUUUCCUUGUGGAACUGGGUUUCACAAACUGUAAACUAGACGUACUGUACCUAUUUAUGACUGGUCAAAGUAAAACACAAUGAAAAGAGCCCCAGAGCCAGGCUGGGCUUCACCCGCUGUGUUUGCCAAGAGGGGUCUGCUUUGACCUUUCUGUGCCACAUGUGGGUCAUACUGGACUUUGGAGAAUAAACUUUUAAAAAGACUGAGCCCCUCCCAUCUUGCAGAAAGCAGGGCAAGUUUGGGUUGGAGGAAAUUACUUGAAUGGAUCUUUGCAAAGGAUGGAUGCAGUCUCACCUCCUCUUCAAGUCAAACCUAAACACACUACAAAGGAUGUUCAAGUCUCUACAUUUUGUAAGUUACUGGCAUGGCAGGGGGUUGGACUGGAUGGCCCUAGUGGUCUCUUCCAACUCUACGAUUCUAUGAUUCUAUACUGUACUGGCAAAAGACACACAAAGCUGGGCAAGUAAUAUGGUGCAGUGUUUGAGUACCCAACGCUCUUGUUCAUCUACCCAAAUGGUUGGGACAAGAUGUUUCUUUAAGGGUCUUCACUCUGGGAUAUGUUCUUAUAUACUGCCACACAUUUAGCCCUGAAAUCUGUGCCACACAGACACUCCCUUCCAAUGGAGAGUUGGUUCAAAACAACCCUGUGCUCUAAGGAGUGGAUGUGGCCAACUGUGGCUUGCUAGAACUUCUGUCCGUUUUGGCAUGAAUGAGUUGUUGUGAUGUGGUUCCUCUUUGGAAAACAAUAAAACUGUUUUAAAGCACUGCUUUGAA